CUCGGCUCUCAAAGGAACCGCGAAUAUGAGGGCCUCGCUUCCGGUUAUGCCUCCUUUUCGGCAGCGGCUACUUCCUCGCCAACAUGCCACUCGCGAAAGACUUGUUGCACCCAUCUCCAGAGGAGACGAGGAGGCGGCACAAGAAGAAGCGCCUCGUUCAGAGUCCCAACUCUUACUUUAUGGACGUGAAAUGUCCAGGAUGCUACAAGAUCACGACGGUGUUCAGCCACGCGCAGACGGUCGUGCUGUGCGUCGGCUGCUCGACGGUCCUGUGUCAGCCUACCGGGGGCAAAGCGCGUCUCACAGAGGGGUGCUCGUUCAGAAGGAAGCAGCACUAGAAUGUUCUUCCCGGAGCUGAAGGAGAGAUGACGGGGCGGAGCGCAGGAGGCAGACGCGUUCCUUGUCUCUCAAUAAAAUGUUUUGGCUAAACGAAA